GGCGACUCCCUCCCUCCACGCCAUCGAGUCACACCCGCAACUCAGCCAGGCAGACGGCAGCACUUCUUGACACUUGUCCUUUCGACUAUCUCACCACAGGCCUCAUGAAACUGCCCGUCACCUGACUUGACCUGACCGAGCUCAUCCGUCCUCAUUCCACAGUCGUUCGCUCCCACACCUUGGAUAGCGUGACUCAUCGGCAAAGUACCGUCAUAAACUUCCGUCUACCCGCAUUAUACUUGUCGUCACUUCAACUUAGUUGCCUACAGCGACACUACAGGCCGCGCUGCCCCAAGUUGGACAUACUUAUUUAAAGCUUGGGCACCCCAACAUCAACGUCACCCACAAUACCAAAGUUACCUAAUCUGCAACGCGCCCUAUAUACAUCAACCAUGGCCAACCCCCAGUACUCACCGGCCGAGUCCCUCAUAUCGGUAGCCGGCGAUUCAUACACAUCACUUUUCCCAGAAACCAUGGCGCUCAAGGUCGAAGAGCCGCCGACACCUGACUCUCACCGCGAGACUUCUCUGCCUCUCACACCACAGUCACAAGAAGACUACAACAGCAACAAGAGGGCAAGUCAGGACUCUGCGGAUGACAAACCUGCAAAGAAGCCUCGCAAGACUUGGGGACAGGUCUUGCCCGAGCCCAAAACUUCCCUGCCCCCGCGCAAACGAGCCAAGACCGAAGAUGAAAAGGAGCAGCGUCGAAUUGAACGCGUCCUUCGCAAUCGCCGCGCCGCGCAAUCAUCCCGUGAGCGCAAGCGCAAGGAGUCUGAACUGCUCGCCGUCGAGAACGACGCGCUGCAGGGCAAAUAUCAGGCACUCCAAGCACAAUACGAUCAAGCGGUGGCCAAGAAUGCUUCACUGCUCCAGUUCCUGGACCAGCUGAAGGCCAAGCACCCCGAGAUCGCCUCCGACGUCGAGCCCUUCCGCGCCGCCGAGGUGACUGUCAACCCGAAAGAGCUCUCUCCGAAAUCCUCGCCGGCCACGAACCACGCCGAUGAGACGCCCGAAACCGGUCGAUCCGAGUCCCGUGUUUUGAUGGAAAUCAACAACUCGCUUCCUUCCACUCCUGUGGCACAAUACCCUGCUGUGCCAUCGGGAGUGGAGAGCAAGCCAGAGUCAACGAUUCCCAGCGAAAACCGCUCGGUCUUCGCCGACCCAAGCCCCUCGGAAACAAACAUGUCAACACCGUCCAUUGCGGUGCCUGAGGCAGCCGAUUUCAUCAUCUUUGGCCCCGAUGACACUUUCCACACUACCGACACGAGCAACCUGCUCCCGCAGCAGGAGGAUUUCCAGCUGUUCGAAGACGUAGCCUGCAACAGCUCCCUGACAUCGUUCGACGAGGACUUUUUCACAGCCUCGCUGCCCGGUCCGGACCUUGAUGACGACUACAGCGGCCUUGACGGUAUCACGCAGCCCUAUGCUGGCGCGUCCUAUUAAUGUGGAUCGCGACGCUGAUGGCAAGUGCGGAUACUAACGAGAUCGCUCCAAGUCUCCAUGGUCGUGGCUGAGCGCUGGCUUGGAACACACUUGUCAAACUAAUGAAGGUUGAGCUGUAAUGGCGUUGCGUUGACGAUCGCCGGUUGGCUCUCAGUACAGAGCGUAGGGAGGAAAGGUCACGGCAGGUUGAAAUGAUGUAUUUGGAUCGAGGUCUGGUCCGGCGGGUGAGUCGUUGGGACCGGGAACAAUAAUGUGACCAAUGAAUUCUAGGGGACGGAUAGGCAAGGCGUCUGGCGUUGAGGAGGACGAAGAUAGUCCCGGAAACAUUGAAUUAAAACUGUACUUUGUACACGUUACCCAUCAUUAUCUUGACAGUCAU